AUGGAAGAAGAAAGUGGUCUUGAACCAAGUCGAGCAGAACUCUUUAUUGCAUCACGUACGAGGAAAGAUGGCAGUAUGGUUUGUGAGGAAGCAAGAAUAUGUGUGGACAAACUUAAGGAAGUUAUGAAUCAUAAACUUCCAGGCGAAACAUCCUUGAAGAAUGAUGUUGUUGCUCAAGUUUUUGGUCCAGAGCAUUCAGGACGAGUUCGUUUCUUAGGUCGUGGUGUGACCCCAUCUGAAUACUUCUCAACGCUCUUUCAAGCUUAUAUUGGAUCCACAUGCAGCCAAUUCAAGGUGAAUGAGACAGAUAGAGACGCAAUGGUUAACAUUCUUAAACAAGCAAUAUCUAAGAUAGAAAACCAAGAGAUGGAGUCAUGA